AAAAAAAAUUGCAAAUGGGACAUUCGGCGGCGAGGAGACGACCAGAAGAGAAGUUCGGUCCAAGCAGAACUUCAAAGAGCCUCAAAUGGGCGAAAGAAUAGAGAGAGGUAGAGGGAGAGCUGUACAGGGAUCGGCGGCUUCUGCAUAGUAAAGUUGCGACACCCUAGCUCUCUCUUGUUCUUAAUUUCAGGAGGAAGGCGGCACUGAAGCGAGCUCUCUGAUUUUGCCGAAUUCUUUUAAUUCCAGUUUAAUGGGAUAUUUCCGAUCGAUAUUUGGGUUACUGGUAGUGUUAUUGGCGUUGACUAGCGUAGGCAAGAGUUCCGCAAGAAGCGAGGAGGCAUAUGUGACCUUACUAUAUGGAGAUGAGUUCGUUCUGGGAGUUAGGGUGCUUGGGAAGUCGAUUCGUGAUACUGGAUCGUCCAAGGAUAUGGUGGUUCUGGCAUCCGAUGGUGUCUCCGAUUAUGCUAAGAAGCUGCUUCAGGUUGAUGGCUGGAAAGUGGAACUUAUUAGCCUUCUGACAAAUCCAAAUCAAGUCAGGCCUAAAAGGUUCUGGGGAGUUUACACCAAAUUGAAAAUUUUUAAUAUGACCACGUAUAAGAAAGUUGUUUAUCUUGAUGCGGAUACAAUUGUUGUCAAGAACAUAGAUGAUCUUUUCCAGUGUAGGGGAUUUUGUGCAAACUUGAAGCAUUCUGAGAGGUUGAAUUCUGGAGUAAUGGUUGUAGAGCCAUCAGAUUCUCUUUUCAAAGAUAUGAUGAGCAAAGUGAAUUCUUUGCCUUCUUAUACAGGAGGUGAUCAGGGUUUUCUUAAUUCUUUCUAUGGUGAUUUUGCUAAUGCCCACCUCUUUGAGCCAAAUUUACCUGAUGAUUUGAGGAAGAGUAGACCAGCUCCUGAGAUGGAGCGAUUGUCUACUCUUUAUAAUGCUGAUGUUGGACUUUACAUGCUUGCCAAUAAGUGGAUGGUUGAUGAGAAAGAACUUAAAGUUAUCCACUACACACUUGGGCCAAUUAAGCCGUGGGACUGGUGGGCAGCAUGGCUUGUGAAGCCAGUGGAAGUGUGGCAGAAUGUUAGGGUGCAACUGAAGGAAUCGCUUCCUGGAACUGGAGGUGGAACAAAUCCUACUGAGAGAAUGUUGAUCAAGUUUUUGUUCGCAUGUCCCUUAUUCAUUCUCUUGAUCUGUUAUUAUAGGCCAUGCCUUCAGGCGAAUGCUGAAUCAGCAUUAUCCGUUGAUUGCAUAAUCUCAUUUUUUUUUUCCGUUUUAUAUUUCUACAGGUUGGGUUUGAUGAUUGCGGGAGGUAUAGUGCUGUCAAUUUUCAUGACACAUGCUUCCGAGCAGCUUGCUCUUUCUGCUUUUGUUAGAGGGAUAGAGGAACGUGAUCUUCCCAGAACUAGAACCGUAUGUUUCUUCUGUUGAUUUUGUUAUUCACUUGUUGCCUGAUUGUGCAUUAAUUUUUAAUGAUAAAUUAUGUAUUUAGUGCAGAGUAGCUUUCUAUUUAGGCAUUUUUUGUCUUACCCCUUUUAGAUUUCUGUAAUUUUUGUAUUUGUGUGGAAAAUAUUGUCAUGCACUGAAUUGUUGAGUACU